AUGCCGACCCUCAACUUGACCAGAUCCCGCUACUUCCCCCAAGCCCGCCCAGGCUGGAUCGGCACGCACCCACGGGAGGCUUGGCCGACCGCGGACUUGUACUCCAACAUGAGAGGUUUCAGCGUCGACCGCACCGAUGAACCUCCUCCACCUCCACCAAAACUCGACAUCAUCUUGUUGACCGGCAACUGCCACGACGCCCUCCCACUGGGCCACCAACUUGCCCGCGAUCUUGGACAAGGAUUCAUCCAUCUCGAUCUCCUCUUAUGGCUGAGAAACGUCGACGCCAUGGAUGAGGGAGAAGCAAAAAGCCGCGCGCUGGGAUUGCUGCACCCUCUGACGCUGAGGCGCUUCGUCGAGCGGAAGACCAGGUGUCUCUCCUCAAAAGUCGUAGUCGAGCAGGUUCUCCUCCCACGCAUCACGCAACUCGUCAGCGAGGGCGCGAGACAGUUCAUCAUUACGGGGUUCUUGGAGAUGUUUGAGGUUCAUUAUUUCUGCCUCUUGAUCGCGGUUCCUCAAGUGGUGGUUUGGGUCGAGCAGCCGGUGCGUUGGGAUGUUCAGAGGUGGAUGAGAGAGUCCUUUGGGGAGGACAAGUGUGUAUUUCUGGAGAAUGUGGGAGGGAUGACGGUACGGGACGUGUACGCGCGAUUGUUGCGUGCUUUCGGAGGGAAGGCAAUGACGGGACAGAUCAACAUGAAGCAAGACGUGAGUGAGAAGGAAGCAGAUGAAGUAUCGCCUGAGAAUGACAUGGCGAUCAUGUUGGCGAAGGCGGCGCUUGGUGGCGAUUGCAUGUCUGUCGACAGUUCUACGGCCUCGAAGACGGAUGCUGAUGAGAUGAUGGUGGAUGCUGCCAACACGGAGGAUUAUGCCCACGUGAAGAGAAGAGACACCCCGAUCGUGCAGGAUGGGUUCGAUGAGGCUCUGGAUUUGCUGGCGGGGUUGGAGGAGUACGCCAAUGGUAGCAUGGAUGUGUGA